UAAAAAAUUCAUUUUAGUGGAGAUAAUGUCGGUUUCUUUUGUGGACCUCCACUUGUUAACAAGAAGUGCACAUACGUUGCCUUUUUUUUCUCAAGGGAAAAAGGACUUUCGAGAAACAGGACACCGUUGCGCAAGUAGUAGGUAUACUUUUCGAAGGUGUUGCACAAGACGGCCUUCAAUUGCUGGGUCUCGUCUCGUUUCACGUUUGGAAGGGAAGAACGACUUGUUAGAACGGUUCGACGCCAGUUCGAAGUAUUUGAACAAAAAAAGAAACGACAGAGGUCCUGAGUUUUAUGCAAACUUAGGGACAGUUAUUGAAACGUUGAGAAGUGACUAUUCACAUAUAUUAGAGAAGGACAUAGACUACUCGGUUUAUGACGAAGACUUGAUAUUGCGAGACCGAGUGCACGGUCAAUAUUUGCAAGGAAAAGAAGCAUACAAAACUGUAUUAUGGCUUCUGAGAGUCCAUACCCAUAUUGCUUUCCGUCAGGCUUUUACGGACGUGAAAAGUAUGUAUUAUGACGACGACAGUGCCAUCAUAUAUCUUAGAUGGGGAAUUCGUGCCGUUCCCAGACUAUUGCCUUGGGAUGUACAUCGCCAGCGUUACAUUGACGGCCUGUCUAUAUAUCGCCUCAAUUGUGACGGUUGGGUUCAGGAGCAUAUUGUUGACAAUGUUUUGCAGACACCCAUCAAACUCCCAUCUUUGGUAGAAAAUUUGUUAAGUUUGGGAACAAUUAGAUUGCGUUCGCCAGCUGGUGUUGGCGUUCAAGGGGGUAGCAGUCAGUGUGGUUCCCAGUAUAACAACUUUCUUGCAUCAGUCUUAAAAAUGUUUGUACAAGACGUUGAAUCUGAAAGUGACUGCUCGCGAAGUAGUAAGGAGUCUCGAGUCACUUUGGAAAAUCAGAGAGAGACUAGUUCUGACAUGGAAGAAGGUUAGCGGUUCUGGCGAGAGCCAUCCGAUAUAAACUUUUCUAUUGUAUAUGUGUCUCAUAAUAUGUCAUAAUGUACCUUUAUUACUGCAAGUUAAGUAAAAGAUCGAUUUUCUGACAUUUCCUGCUUUUUUUAUUGCAAAAAAGGACGUUUUCAGAGCUCAAAGACAAAAGACUCGUUUCAAGUCAUAAGUGGAAAGGAACUUCACAUAUUAUUGCAUUUUCACACAUGACUUAAUAGUGGAACGCUAACUAGUGUCCUUUCACAACACUAACAUUCCUAACUGUUUGUGAUGUAACUAAUACAGUCGUAUGUACAGGAGAUUGUUCACGAAUAUCUCAAAUACUUCAAGCUCAAAGAUCAACACAAAAACUGUUUAGAACGAUAAAAGAAAUUCCGUAAACUCCAU